AACCCAAAACAAAAAAGUCUAACCCAAGCCAACGAGUCCAAAUUGGGGACUCGCCAGAAAAUAAUUCAUCCUUUCCACUGGGGUAACACCCAGAAUCUUCUUUAUAGUUUUAUUAGAACCCUAAUUCCAAUGACACGUACUUCCAGUUCCAGCAUUACAAACAAAGAAACAUCCCAUGCAGGCCGCAACAAGUUUGGUUCCUCAAAAAAUUUGGUGGAUAGGCAGAUUGCAGACGACCCAGAUUCCAUGCUCUUCCAUAUUUAUUACAGUAUCCCACGCAGCUCUCCUCUUCUUCUCCUUUCCCAUGUGCUUUUUCAAUUUUCACACUCCCCUAAACCCAAAAUGGCGACCCACUUGUCCUCUACCUCUCGAACCAGCCAUUUUCAUGGUUAGUCUUAAGCUUUCUGUUCCAUCAAAUUAACCCUUCCUUCUUUUUCUUUUUCUUCUUCCUCUUUCUUGAUUUGUUUGGAAUGUAAUGAAAUGAAGUAUAGUGGAAGCAACCCAGAGCUUGCUUCUCUGGUCUGCCUGCGCAGGAGCUAGGGCUAGGGUUUUUCAUUGAAACCCAGGUGGCUCCUGAUUGCUCGUCGUUUCCGGAGGGAAUUUUUGACGGAUCUGUCUAUUCAAAUGCACAGCAGUUUCUAUUAUUAAUUAAGGUUGUCAUUAUGAGAGAGAAGAGAGAGAGGCAGAAGGAAGGAAGAAAGCCCUUUUGAUUCUUAUCUGGUUUAAUUAGGCGUGUUCCCACUCUUUCUGGCGGCGCGUGCACGCCCAACUUUUCUACUCGGAGACCACCACAAAGCACAAAGUCUUUCGUUUGCAGAUUGAUAAUAGAGUAUGAUGUUUAGUGGUGACGAAUUGUGAUAGGAAAGCAGCAGAGGAAGAAUUUUUUAUGGUGGUGUGAUGAAUCGGAGGCAGCGCCCUGUUUCCACGCGCGGCCGUGGAUCAUAUUUCCCGCCGCCUCCGCCGCCGCCGCACCCGAGCACGGACCAGGAGCCGUUCAACAUAAUUCCCAUCCACGAGCUUCGGACGGACCACCCGUCGCUGAGGUACCCGGAGGUGCGCGCCGCCGCUUCGGCGCUACGUGUCGUCGAGGACCUCCCGAAGCCACCGUUCAAGGAGUGGGUGGAGGGCAAUGACCUGCUGGACUGGCUGGGCAGCUUCUUCGGGUUCCAACGCGACAACGUUCGGAACCAGCGGGAGCACCUCGUCCUCCACCUCGCCAACUCCCAGAUGCGCCUCAGCCCGGCGCCGGCCGUCGCCGACUCCCUCGACCCCACUGUCCUCCGGCGCUUCCGUCGGAAGCUCCUCGAAAACUACGCCUCAUGGUGCUCUUACCUCGGCCGCAGAUCGAGCGUUCGGCUCUCUAAGAACCGCCGCGACGGCGAUCUCCGGCGAGAACUACUGUACGUUUCACUCUAUCUUCUCAUUUGGGGUGAGUCCGCGAAUCUCCGAUUUGUCCCGGAGUGCUUAUGCUAUAUAUUCCAUCACAUGGCCAUAGAACUUAAUCGGGUUCUCAGUCGAGACAUUGACGAUUACACUGGUCAACCCUUUUUCCCCUCCUAUGCCGGCGAAAAUGCCUUCUUGAACCUAGUAGUCACUCCCAUUUACGAGACGAUUGAGGCCGAAGCAAAGAGUAGCCGAAACGGCACAGCACCGCACUCGGCUUGGAGGAACUAUGAUGAUAUUAAUGAGUAUUUUUGGAGCGGAAGAUGUUUUCAGAGGCUUAAAUGGCCUAUUAAUGUUGGGAGCAAUUUUUUUGCUACUACAAGUAAGAACAAGCGGGUGGGCAAGACUGGGUUUGUGGAGCAGAGAUCGUACUGGAACAUUUUCAGGAGUUUUGACCGGUUAUGGGUGCUGUUGAUUUUGUUCUUACAAGCUUCCAUCAUUGUUGCUUGGGAAGGGAGAGACCUCCCAUGGCAGGCAUUGAAGGACCGGGAUGUUCAGGUGCAGCUGCUCACAGUUUUCAUCACUUGGGGCGGUCUUCGUUUUCUCCAAUCGGUGCUUGAUGCUGGGACUCAGUACAGCUUGGUGUGCAGGGAGACUGUGUUGCUUGGGGUGAGAAUGGUACUAAAGAGCAUGGUUGCUGCCACUUGGACGAUAGUGUUUGGGGUGUUUUAUGCCAGGAUUUGGAGUCAAAAGAACUCGGAUGGAAGGUGGUCUGACAAGGCAAAUGAGAGGAUUAUUACUUUUCUUAAGGCUGCACUUGUGUUUGUGAUCCCAGAGUUGCUUGCUUUGAUUCUCUUUAUUCUUCCGUGGAUUAGGAACUUGAUUGAGAAUGCAGAUUGGAGGAUAUUGUACAUAUUAACAUGGUGGUUUCACACCGGAACCUUUGUGGGUCGUGGGCUGAGGGAAGGGCUUGUUGAUAACAUAAAGUAUACACUGUUUUGGGUAGCGGUGUUGGCUUCAAAAUUCUCCUUCAGUUACUUUCUUCAAAUAAAGCCUCUAGUUGCCCCAACAAAAGCCCUUUUGGAUCUUAGGGGUUUGAGAACCGUCUGGCAUUUGUUCUUCAAUAACCCCAACAGGGUAGCAGUGGUGUUAUUGUGGGUUCCUGUCAUUUUGAUUUACCUAAUGGAUUUGCAAAUCUGGUACUCAAUUUUUUCUGCCUUGGUUGGUGGAGCAAUUGGGUUGUUCUCACAUCUGGGUGAGAUAAGGAACAGCACCCAGUUUGCGCUUAGGUUUCAGUUCUUUGCCAGUGCAUUGCAGUUUAAUCUCAUAUCGGAGAAACAGUUGUUCAAUACAAAGGCGACACUGAUGAAGAAGCUCAAUGAUGCAAUGCACCGACUCAAGCUUAGGUACGGACUUGGCCAGCCCUACAAGAAGAUUGAAUCAAGCCAGGUGGAUGCUACCACUUUUGCCUUGUUAUGGAAUGAGAUAAUUAUCUCACUGAGGGAAGAAGAUCUCAUCAGUGAUCAGGAACUGGAGCUUUUGGAACUGCCACCAAACUGCUGGAACAUUAGGGUCAUUUGUUGGCCAUGCUUCCUCCUGUGCAAUGAGCUGCUGCUUGCUCUCAGCCAAGCGACAGAGCUGGCUGAUGAACCUGAUGGGUGGAUCUGGUCUAAGAUAUGCAAGAAUGAGUAUCGGAGGUGUGCUGUUAUUGAAAUUUAUGACAGCAUCAAGCACGUGCUUCUGGAGCUUGUUAAAUAUGGAACAGGAGAGCAUUCAAUAGUCUCAAAUUUGUUUCGUGACAUAGAUCACUGCAUUCAGUUUAGGAAGUUCACUGAGGUGUACAAGAUGACUCAGCUGCCUCAAAUUCAUGCCAAGUUGAUAGCUCUUGUUGAGCUUCUGAUCAGACCUCAGAAAGAUCCUAGUAAGGUGGUAAAUGUGUUGCAGGCUCUGUAUGAACUUUCUGUUCGAGAAUUCCCAAGAGUGAAGAAGUCAACUGGGCAGUUGAGGGUGGAAGGUUUGGCACCUCAAGGUCCAGCCACCAAUGCAGGGUUCCUCUUUGAGAAUGCUGUCAAGUUUCCUGAUACUGGGAAUGUCAUCUUCUACAGGCAGCUGCGGCGACUGCAGACAAUUCUUACUUCUAGAGAUUCAAUGCACAAUGUUCCAGUGAAUCUCGAGGCAAGACGGCGUAUUGCUUUCUUUAGCAAUUCACUUUUCAUGAACAUACCCCGUGCUCCUCAAGUUGAGAAAAUGAUGGCUUUUAGUGUUCUGACUCCAUACUAUGAUGAAGAAGUCCUGUAUGGCAAAGAAAUGCUUCGAAGUGAGAAUGAAGAUGGCAUUUCCAUCCUUUUUUAUCUGCAGAAAAUUUAUGAAGAUGAGUGGAGGAAUUUUCUGGAGCGGAUGCACAGAGAGGGCAUGGAGAAUGAUGAUGAUAUUUGGACAACAAAGGCAAGGGAUCUCCGCCUUUGGGUAUCAUACAGAGGCCAGACACUAUCUCGCACUGUAAGGGGAAUGAUGUAUUAUUAUAGGGCUUUGAAGAUGCUUGCCUUUCUUGAUUCUGCAUCAGAGAUGGACAUAAGAGAGGGAUCUCAAGGCCUUGCUCCUUACACUUCAUUGAAGCAAAACAAUGGCUUGGCCAGUCCAGGCUUGGGUAGACCACCAUAUUCACGGCACCUGAACAGAGCCACUAGUGGUGUCAGUCUUUUGUUUAAAGGGCAUGAGUAUGUGAGUGCUCUUAUGAAAUUCACAUAUGUGGUUGCCUGCCAGUUGUAUGGGCAACAUAAGGCAAAGGGAGACCCUCGUGCCGAGGAGAUCUUUAAUCUGAUGAAACAAAAUGAGGCCCUUCGAGUUGCCUAUGUUGAUCAGUUUGAGUUUGGGAGGGAAGGAGUCGAGCAUUACUCUGUUCUUGUGAAGUAUGAUCAGCAACUGGGGAGGGAGGUUGAGAUCUACAGGAUAAAAUUGCCUGGUCCAUUAAAGCUUGGAGAGGGAAAACCAGAAAAUCAGAACCACUCCAUCAUCUUCACUCGAGGGGAUGCCAUUCAGACCAUUGACAUGAAUCAGGACAAUUAUUUUGAGGAGGCACUCAAGAUGCGCAAUCUAUUAGAGGAAUUUAACACCUUUUAUGGCAUAAGAAGGCCAACCAUCUUGGGAGUCCGUGAACAUAUUUUCACAGGUUCUGUGUCCUCUCUUGCUUGGUUCAUGUCCGCUCAGGAAUCAAGUUUUGUGACCCUAGGACAGCGUGUUCUAGCCAACCCUUUGAAGGUACGAAUGCACUAUGGUCACCCAGAUGUAUUUGACAGGUUCUGGUUCAUGACUCGCGGUGGAAUCAGCAAGGCCUCACGAGUGAUCAAUAUCAGUGAGGAUAUAUUCGCUGGCUUCAACUGCACACUGCGUGGUGGCAAUGUGACGCACCAUGAAUACAUGCAGGUUGGUAAGGGAAGGGACGUUGGUUUGAAUCAGAUCUCAAUGUUUGAGGCCAAGGUUGCUAGUGGCAAUGGUGAGCAGGUUUUGAGCAGAGACGUAUACAGGUUGGGUCAUAGACUUGACUUCUUCCGAAUGCUUUCGUUCUUCUACACAACUGUGGGGUACUACUUCAACACCAUGCUGCUGGUACUGACUGUUUAUACAUUUUUGUGGGGCCGCCUUUAUCUUGCUCUCAGUGGUGUGGAGAAGGCAGCCAUGGACGGUACUAAGAACAAUAAAGCCCUUGGUGCAGUGUUGAAUCAGCAGUUCAUUGUUCAGCUCGGUCUGUUCACAGCACUUCCAAUGAUUGUAGAGAAUUCUCUUGAACAUGGGUUCCUCCCUGCAGUUUGGGAUUUCUUGACAAUGCAGUUGCAGCUUGCAUCUCUUUUCUACACAUUCUCUAUGGGCACUCGUACCCAUUUUUUUGCCCGGACUAUUCUCCACGGUGGUGCAAAAUAUCGGGCCACUGGGCGUGGCUUCGUUGUGCAGCAUAAGAAAUUUGCUGAGAACUACAGACUCUAUGCUCGCAGCCAUUUUGUGAAGGCAAUUGAGCUUGGGGUUAUUCUGAUAGUAUAUGCUUCCCACAGCCCAAUGACGAAGAAUACUUUUGUUUACAUAGCAAUGACAAUCUCAAGUUGGUUUCUUGUAGUGUCAUGGAUGAUGGCCCCCUUUGUGUUCAAUCCUUCUGGCUUUGAUUGGUUGAAGACUGUUUAUGAUUUUGAUGAUUUUAUUAAUUGGAUAUGGUAUAGUGGUGGAGUAUUUGCAAAAGCAGAACAAAGUUGGGAAACGUGGUGGUAUGAGGAGCAGGACCAUCUGAGAACAACUGGUCUUUGGGGAAAACUGUUGGAGAUUAUUCUAGAUCUUCGCUUCUUCUUUUUCCAGUAUGGCAUUGUAUACCGUCUCCACAUAACAGGUCAUAACACCAGUAUAGCUGUUUAUUUGCUAUCUUGGAUCUACAUGGUUGUCGUUGUUGCAAUCUACAUAAUCAUAGCAUAUGCACAGGACAAAUAUGCUGCAAAAAAACACAUUUACUACCGGCUGGUUCAGCUCUUUGUUAUUACAGUGACAGUACUUGUAAUUGUUAUAUUGCUGGAAUUCACCCCUUUCCAAUUUCUUGAUCUCAUCACAAGCCUCUUGGCAUUCAUCCCAACUGGGUGGGGCCUAAUAUCCAUUGCACAAUUGUUGAAGCCUUUUUUGCAGUCCACUAUAGUGUGGGAUACCCUGGUUUCUUUGGCUCGUCUGUAUGACAUGAUGUUCGGGAUAAUUGUUAUGGCUCCUAUGGCACUCCUGUCUUGGAUGCCUGGAUUCCAGUCAAUGCAGACAAGAAUCCUGUUCAAUGAAGCGUUCAGCAGGGGCCUUCAGAUAUCUCGUAUUCUUACUGGCAAGAAAUCAAACGUUGACAUGUGAUUGAGGUUUUGAAUGGGGACUAGGCCUAUGCUGCCAAGUAGAUUGACUGCCAGUUUUUCUUUCCCUUUUAACUGAUAGAGAUCACUGUAUACAGCAUGCCGUGCCAAUCAUCUGUCUGGGUGAGAAGACUCUAAACUUUCCAUCAUGGACUUCAAGCUUCGAUGCUGUUGUGCAUUAUUGUUUUUUUCUUUCUUAACAUUCCUUUUGGUGUUCAAGGUCCUGGCAUGGUUUCACGCAAUUGGGGUGGUUUACUUUUGGUUCAACCCCAUGGCAAUGUACAGGAUGGUUUAUGUACAUAUUGUCCAUAUCUAUUGUAAGCUUAAAUGUUUCGUGACUUAUUUGGACUAUUUGUUAUGGUAUUCCCACUUGUUUCCACUA